AUGGCCAACCGGGGCAUGGGUUUUGAAGGCCUCGCAGCAAAGGCAGGAGCGAUGAAUUUUGAUCCCUUGACGAGCUCCAACGGCAACAACAACCUGAUCUUGCUCCAGGUGAACAACUACAGGCUUCCCCAGGAGAUCAUCCUUCAGAUCGUUUCCUGCUUCGUCUCCGAGGCUGGGCUCUGCUUUUCCAACAGCCCCGACUAUGACGCCGAUGUUUCCACCAUUCGUGCCCUGCUGAAGACGACCCUCAGCAUCAAGCGUGAGCUUUUGCGACGAAUCCUCGCGAAGCCUCUGCACAUAUACAUUACCUCGGGAAAGAAUUGA